ACGACUAUUAACAUUCAAUGGGUAUUGCAUAAGCUACGUAAUUUACAAAAUUUAAUAUAAGAAUUUUUACUAUAGUAAUCAAACAAAUUUUACUCGAUUUAUAUGUACAAUUGCAAAUCUAUGUUCUGUAUUGUAACUGCCUGCACUCUACAGGCAAUAAGUCAAAUUAAUUCAGCUAAUAUUGAUAGCUGAUUUGGUCAGUAAAGAUGUGCUUGAUGUUCGUUAGUUGUUACCUGUGACACAGUUAUCGUUUUUUGCUUUUCCUUUUUAUAUUUUUAAAUCUCUAGUGUGUGUUUUUUUUUAUUAAUUUAUUUUGUGAAUGAAGAAAAAAUUGUGUCUUUUCAAGCUAAAUCAAAAUACAAACUAAAAGCAAAUUUUAAAUUCAUCCUAUAGUCACAGAACUAGGUAUCUACUAUCUAACUAUGUAAUACUAUGUUUUAUUAUUAUUAUUUACAAGAAUAGUUAAAUUGUGAAAACUAGUUUUUAAAAAUUAUUGUUCAUUUUAAUAAACCUUAAAUAUUGCAUUUGUUUAAAAGAAAUCAAAAUUUCAAUUGUUCUAUUUUUUUAUAUUCAAUUUUAUCAAAAUGUAUGGAAUGACAUCUGCAAUAAGUAAUGCUCCCCCCACAGAGAUGGAUUUACAACUAACAAAAUCAUUAGAUGAAGCUUUGUUAAAAGAAAAAGUUAUUACUACUGAUGAAGAUCUAUCACAAAGAUUAGAAGUAUUAUCUAUGUUAAAUAAUUUAGCUAAAGAAUGGAUUAGAGAAGUGAGUGUGGAACGUAAUUUACCUGAAGUAACUGCUGAAAAUGUAGGAGGAAUGGUAUGUACUUUUGGAUCUUACCGACUUGGAGUAUAUCACAAAGGAGCUGAUAUUGAUGCAAUUGUAAUUGUUCCUAGACAUAUUACUAGAGUUGAUUACUUUACAACAUUUUAUGCUAAAUUAAAAGAUAACCCUUGUAUUACAAAUGUAAGAGCUGUAGAAGAAGCUUUUGUUCCAGUUAUAAAAAUGAUCAUCCAAGGUAUUGAAAUAGAUAUGUUAUUUGCCCGCCUUGCUUUAAAAGAAGUACAUGAAGAUACUGAUCUUCAACAAGAUGAAUUGUUGAGAAAUUUAAACCCCAAGUGUGUGAGAAGUUUAAAUGGUUGCCGUGUUACAGAUUCUAUUUUGCGAUUAGUUCCUAAUCGAGAAUCUUUCAAAAAAACUCUAAUAGCAAUUAAGUUGUGGGCCAAACGUCACAGAGUUUAUUCAAAUGCUUUGGGAUAUCUUGGAGGAGUAUCUUGGGCAAUGUUAGUUGCAAGAGUUUGUCAAUUAUACCCAAAUGCAGCACCUGCUACUUUGAUACAUAAAUUUUUUUUAAUAUUCUCUAAAUGGCAAUGGCCUCAACCAGUAUUAUUGAAACCUUCUUAUUUUAUGGAUCUUGGAUAUCCAGUUUGGGAUCCUAGAGUUAAUAUGGGAGAUAGAAGUCAUGUCAUGCCUAUUAUUACUCCAGUUUAUCCUCAACAAAACUCUACAUUUAAUGUUUCACAUUCAACAUUAGCAAUAAUACAAGAUGAAUUUAAAACAAGCUUAGACAUAAUGGGAGAAAUAUUAACUGGAGAAUCAAGUUGGACAAAACUUUUUCAACCUUCUAAAUUUUUUACCAAGUAUAAAUAUUUUUUGGCAAUCACUGUAUUUGCCAGCUCUGAUGAAGAAUUACUUGAAUGGAGAGGAUUAGUAGAAUCAAGACUUCGUUUUUUACCAACUUCAUUAGAGGAAAUUGAGUGUGUUCAAAGAUCUCAUUUAAAUCCUGAUCAAUUUUUACUUCCUUAUGUCAAAUCUCAAGGAAGGCCUUCAUCUGUUUGGUUUGUAGGUUUAGAGAUAUCAAAAUCUAAUGGAACAGUUGUUCAAUUAGAUUUUAGUUCAUGCCUAAGAGAUUUUUGUCUCUUAGUUAAAAGUAGAGCUCAUGCAAUAUUUAGGACUGGUAUGGAUAUUCAAAUUAACCAUUUAAAAAGAAGAGAUUUAAAAGAUUAUGUUCCCGACGAACUGAGAAAAGAAAAAGCAAUACCCAAUACAGUAGGUAGUAAAAUAAUUGCUAGAUUGUCAACAGAAGGUAGAAAUUCUUUAUCAGAAACCGAUGAAUAUCAAAAUUAUAUUUCAUGUAAUAAAUUUACUGAAAAAACUUUAGAUAAUGAUAAAAAAGAUGGUUUACCUACUUGUGAAAGUAAAGGAACUGAAGAUGACAUUUCACUUAAAAAUAAUUUUUUAAAUGAUGAGUUAGUUGAUAAGCAUGAUGAUAUAAUAAAAAAUAGUAAAUUAGAAUUGGAAGACAAACAAAAUAGUCCAGUUGCUAACAAGCGUUGCUCAGAGGAUGAAACUAUUGAAAGUGAUUCUAAAAAAAUUAGACUUUUACAUCCCACUAUUGCUUAAUUAUUUUAAGCUACAUUUAUUAAAACCACCAAUUUCAAAUGUUAUAUAUAAAAAAUAAAAAAAAAAAACCAAAAAAAA